GUUGACAAGAUGACGCAGCUGCAGAAGCUUGGCCACCCUUCAUGAAAACAUCUGGUUCCGCCUCUGUCUUUAUUUUGAAGGGCGGAGCAACUGUGAGUGUUUUGUUGUACCCAAACAGAAACACGACAGACCAAAAGCCGGUGCAGGGGAAAACGCAGUCUUCAAAGAAAGUUUCUCGUGUGGUUCUUCGCCAAAUUGAGGACGUUAGAGAAACGGUUUAACCCAGCUGUAAGAUGUUUGCCAACGCUGCCAGAAACUUUGUGGAGGAGGUGGAUCACGGAGGUUUACUGAUCCCGGUGUCCGGCCUGAACGACUCCAUCGCUCCUCUGACGGUGGUGUUGAAGCGCAAACGAUUCUGGUUCUGGCAGAAGCACAAGUAUCACCCCACUGAUUUUAACCUCAAUGAUCUACUGACAGGAGACGCACCUAUAAAGCCAGUUGUGGUCGUCACAGACUUCAUCAAAUACACCGGGACGUUCGGUGGCAACAUUGAAGGAGGGCUGGAAGCAAGUCUUGUCCGUACCAACGCCAGCGUAGGGGGUAAAGACUCCUCAAAACUUCAGUCGUCCUUUGGAAGUUUGAAGAAAGAGGAGGUGGAUGUGCAGAAGUUGCUGCGAGAUUCCAAAGACAGGGUCCUGGACAUGUCCCACGGUCUGAUCCAGCAGACGAAGGAGAAGCCCCGACAGCUUCUGGGGAUUGUGAAGGAGCGCAUUGUGACCACUCAGCCCUGUUCGGUCAUAGAGGAGGUGCAGCAAGGUGGACAGUGUGGAGGAAGUUUGAGCGUCUGUGGCCCCAAGAGCUCUAAGCUUUUACUAAAGGAGAAUGGGAGCUUGAGUAAAGACAGCAACGUCACCAUGGAGAUUCCCAUCAACACCACCAUUGCCUAUGGUCUUAUAGAGCUGGAGAUCAAACAUGAUGGACACUACGAGCUGUGUCUCAUGUCAAACACGGAUGGAGGUUUUGAAGUCGACGGGCCUGCUAAGAAAGGAUCCGUGAGUGUCUGCAGAGCUCCGGCUCAUUCUUCUGAAAUAGCCACCUUCGACAAGUGUAAACGCAGCCUGCAGUUCAGCCGGAAGUCUCUGAAUUUUUGUUACGUGACUCUUGAACUGGAACAACUCGGUGAUCACUUCCAGCUGCUUUCAGCUCUCCCUGCAUCCACCAGGUUGUCUCUGCUCGAGCAAAUCACCAAACUUAUGCAGGACCAAGCAGCCAUCAGUGCACUCGAGAAUGUGCUGGACCACAUGCGCCUGGGUAAGAAACUGAACCUGAGUGAUGUUACAGCAAACGAGUCUCAGCAGCAGAACAUCCAAGUGAUCCUGGAUGUUCUGGAGCAGUUGAUCAGGUUGGAUCAGGCCAGUCCACAACCCACCCUCACAGCCCUUCACCUCAUUACCAGCGCCUUAGAUGAGAUGACAAACGACUGCCUGGCUGCAUUGGGAACGUGCUGCAGCCCUGCAGUGUUACAAACGUUGGAGCUACUGGUGCAGACUGUCUGUGGAGAUGGAGAAGAGCCUCUGAGCAGCGCAGGUCUGACAGAGGACGUCUAUGAAAAGACUGAACGUCUGUUUGCUCUCUCUAACGUGUCCCUGAAGAGAGCGGGGACGCGGUGAAGACGGAAAUAAACCAGCAGCCAGGACAUCUUCCUCUGGUCCUGUGCGUCGCUGUCAGGGGCCUCGCCUCAUUGGCCCACACGCGUUUGAACAGAAGACAACUUUACAUCCAG